AUGGUGCGGCGAAAGACUAACACGGCUGCGGCUGACGCGGAGCCAUUACUUGAGAAGGGUUCGACUCGGAAGCGGUUCAGCAAUGCUGGCGACAUCGACCACGCGAGCAAGAAACAACGACCAGAACUCGAGGAGAGGACCGACUACUCGCGAUGGCGUAUGCGGGAUGACCAAGGCAGACACACAUGGCGUUACUUAGAAGAUGACGAGGAGGCAAAGAAUUGGCCCCAGACCACUGCCGACAAGUACUUCCUCGGCUUGCCCAUGGAUCUCCCCGACCUUCCGAAGCCUGAGAAGCCCCUCGACGCUGUCCGAAACGGCCUCGAUUUCUUCGAGAAACUCCAGCUCCCUGCCGGUCACUGGGGUUGCGAGUAUGGCGGUCCCAUGUUUCUCCUGCCCUGCAUCGUCAUCUCGUGGUACGUGACGAAGACGCCAAUUCCCUGGUACUACGCCACCGAAAUUAAAAACUACCUCUUUGCCCGCGCGCAUCCCGAUGAUGGCGGUUGGGGCCUGCACAUUGAGGGCGAGUCCUCUGUGUUCGGGACGUCACUCAACUACACCGUGCUGCGCCUGGUUGGGGUGGACGCGGACCACCCCAAAAUGGUGAAAGCCCGCGCUACACUACACACGCUCGGUGGCGCAACUCAUGCUCCGCAUUGGUCGAAGUGGUGGCUUGCUGUUAUGGGGAUUGCGCACUGGGACAUUGUCAAUCCCGUGCCGCCCGAGCUGUGGCUGCUACCCGACUGGGUUCCCUUUGCCCCGUGGAGGUGGUGGAUCCACAUUCGUCAGGUCUACUUGCCCAUGAGCUACUUGUGGUCAAGGAGAUGGCAGGCCGAAGAAACCGACCUGAUCCGCUCUCUCCGCAAGGAGCUCUUUGUAGAGGACUGGGACAAGAUCGACUGGGCAGCACACCGCAACACGAUCCACCCGAGAGACAACUACCACCCCAAAACCUGGCUGCUGAAUCUGCUCAACUGGAUUCUCGCCAAUGUCUGGACCCCCGUCUUGAGAUUGAAACCACUUGUCAAGAAGGCCGAAGACUGGGCCAUGAAGCUGAUCGAGAUGGAGAACGAGAACACGGACUGCUUGGACCUGGCCACCGUAUCUGGUCCCAUGAACCUUGUCGCCCUCUACGCGCGUGAUGGUCCGGAUAGCUAUGCUGUGAGGAGGCACAAGGAAAGAUCAGAUGAGUUCCUCUGGGUCAAGGACGAGGGUCUUCUUGCCAACGGCACCAACGGGGUGCAAUGCUGGGACACGGCAUUCGCCAUCCAGGCUGUCAUGGACGCUGGGCUGACGGAGGACCCGCGGUGGCGGCCCAUGCUACUCAAAGCGCUCAAGUUCCUCGACGACCAGCAAAUCCGUGAAAACGUUAAGGACCAAGACAAGUGCUACCGCCAGCAGCGCAAGGGCGGCUGGGCAUUCAGCAACAAAGACCAAGGCUACGCCGUGAGCGACUGUGUGUCGGAAGCCCUAAAAUCCGUCAUCAUCCUCCAAAAGACCCCCGGCUUCCCCACCCUCAUCGAUGACCAGCGCAUAUUCGACGCCAUCGACACCCUCCUAACCUACCAAAACCCCAACGGCAGCUGCUCCUCCUACGAACCGCCGCGCGCCGGGUCCUGGAUGGAGAUGCUCAACGCGGCUGAGGUGUUCGGGCGCAUCAUGGUCGAGUACGAGUACCCGGAGUGCACGACGGCGGUCGUCACCGCCCUAUCCCUGUUCCACAAGCACUGGCCGACGUACCGCGCGCGCGAGGUCGAGCGCUUCGUCGAGCGCGCCGUCGCCUGGAUCAAGACCAACCAGCGGCCCCACGGCGGCUGGUACGGCAGCUGGGGCAUCUGCUUCACCUAUGCCACCAUGUUCGCCCUCGAGAGCCUCGCCAGCACCGGCGAGACCUACGCCAACAGCGCCCAUGCCAAGCGCGGCUGCGACUUUCUCAUCUCCAAACAGCGCGAGGAUGGCGGUUGGUCCGAACACUACAAGGCCUGCGAAACAGGCGAAUACAUCGAGCACCCUUCCGGCUCGCAGGUCGUCAUGACCGCCUGGGCGCUGAUCGGGCUGAUGAAGGCCGAGUACCCGGACCGGGCGGCCAUCGCGAAGGGUGUCAAGCUGAUCAUGGGGCGGCAGCAGCCCAACGGCGAGUGGCUGCAGGAGGCCAUCGAAGGCGUCUUCAACAAGAGCUGCAUGAUCUCGUACCCCAACUACAAGUUCACCUUCCCCAUGAAGGCGCUGGGCAUGUUCGCGCGCAAGUAUCCGGAGGAAGCGGUUGUGUAG